CCCGAGCGAAGCGUCGUCACGGUUCAAACAGAAGCCCUCAGCGACAAGCCCAUUCACCAUAUAAUGACGGCAUCCUUAUUCGUGGAUAGCAAUGUGUUGUUAUCUAGAGUGAUAGGAAGGCGGGCAUAAGUGACUGGCUGUUGGGCGCAAUUUCAAGUGCCAGCCCCCCCGCGCUUCCGCAGACCCAGCACGAUGGCUGAGCCAAAUGCGGCAUGGAUAUCAUCGGGUCAUGCGCAGCUGUGGGAGAUUGUGUCCAGUCCCGCGAGGUUAAGCAAGCCCAGAGCUGAUGGACGGGAGCGUGAAGUGCAGGUUUUAUCAGCGAGCCUCCUGCAGCGAGCGGCCUCGCUGGCAGGGCGCACACCACGCCGCGAGCCGCCUAAGCCGUCGCCCUACAACACCAGAGGAAGAAACAGUGGAGCUGCCACAAGCGUACCCGCCGCUGGGGCGAUAUCACAGACACCCAAGAGCGUGAAGCCUAAGAAGCCCCCGCAGUCAAGCAAGCCCAGCGAACACAAACCGUGCAACAUCGCCCGGGCGGAGCCGUCCCCUGCACGCCAUGACGUGCACGCGACGUACACGGGCAUCCUUGCGCGCAACCUCCGGCUGCGGGCCAUUCUGGACGAACAGAACCAGCGUGGAGCGCGUGAUGUGGCGGAGGCGGCAUCCAGCGUGACGGAGCAAGUCGGCGCUGACCCAGCGGCCAGCGGCGGCCUUUCGCCUGCGCCAGGCGCACACGUGCACAGCUCUCGUCUUGGUGGCCGCAGGCGGGGCGCGCCGCCCAGCCAUCUCACGCUAGUUGCGCGGUCGCUGGUGGACCCCGUGCUGGCGGCAGAGGAGGGCAUAGACUCCGCAGGCACAGGCGCCGCGCUGCAAAUGGCUUCGUCGGAGGGGGCUGCUUGGGGCGCAGCCGGCGGCGCGGUGUCCGGAGACGACGAAGACGACAUUAGCAUCGCGGAGCUUGACGCGCGGCUGGCGGCUGGCGGCGUGGUCAUGCAGCUGGCCACGACAGCUGUGCCCGCCACGGUCGCUAACGGCCACAGAGUCACGGCUGGGGGCAGUCCUCGGCCCGGCUCCUCGCACACAACGCUGGGCGUCCAGCGCGCCCGGCCGAGCAUGGGAGGAGCACGCUGCCAGUCACCGCUUGACCUCAGCCGGGCGGUGCAGGCGGCGUUGGCGACGGCGGCAGCCAACAGGCUCAGCCCAGGUGCCGCGGGCGGAGCGGCGAUGCGCUCGCAGCGAAGCCCUGCGCCGCCAGGAGCUGUGGCUGGUGCAGCCCAGCCGCCAGCGUCGACACCUGAGGGGCGUGACGGUGGGCGGGCUGGCUCGGCGCGCACGCCUGGCUCCGGGCCCAUGCGGUUCCAGCUGCCAGACCCAUGCCCGGUGAAGGAUAUGAAGGGGGCCGCUCACAUGCAGCCCCAAGCGAGGGCACCCGCGGCCGAGGCCACGUUGACAUGUCCCGGCUUGCAUGGCCAGCAGCCUGCGGCUGCACCUGCGUCGCAGCUCGUCCAGGUUCGCUCCAUAUCCCGGCUCAACCCAGCACACCCUGCCAAUGUGCCGGCAGCUGUCAGCAACCAGCCGCAGCAGGCACCCGUGCCCAAGCCAGUUGUCCCUUGUGCCGAGCUGAGCCCGUCAGCGUUGACGCCAGGGGCUGGAGCGGCUGCAGCAGUCGCGGCGCGCUUGGCGGCGGUGAGCGGUGAGUCGGGCAGCAACACGGCCCAGCGCGUCAUCCGGCGCCGCAUUGACAUGGGUGACGCGGGCCCAGGCUGCCCGCUAGACCACGCUGCAGCAGCAGCUGCCCCCGCCGCCGACGGCCCUGGUGCUGGUAGUGCACGAGGUGUAGCGGCUGCGGCGGCAGUGGCAGCUACGCCCGCCCACGCAAGGCGCGCCACGCCCCUGCUGGAGCCGGCGGCGAUGCCAGCGCUGGCGUUGCUGCCGGACACCCCGGACACAACUAGCUCGCUAACCAUCGCACAGCUGGCAGCGCGGGCUGAUGCUGCUGCGGCGAGGCCAGCAUUCCAGCCGUCCACAGCUGGCGGUGCGGUGCCAGGGUCAGCUGCAAUGGAGGUAGAUGCCCAGCCGGCGGAAUCCCGGCCUUCUGCUGCGCCUGCUGUUGGCGUGGUACCGGCGGCUGUGCUGGAGGAGGUGGCAGGCGCUGUUGUGCAGCUGAGCGCAGGCGAGGAGGAGACUGGCGCGGCGUCACCGUCAAGCGGGCAGCUCCAGCAGCCCCUGAGGCAGCCGGCAGCAGCGCCGCUGAUUCUGGAGCGGGCGGCGGCUGUGCCUGUCGGCGAGCGACGCGACCGGCUUGCGGCGGGUUCGGGCCUGCCGGCCGGCCGCAGUGCCUGUAGAGGGCGUGGUCGGGGUUGGGGCCGGGGCCGGGGGCGCCAGUCAGACGCAAUUGCCGCUACAACCGACGCUGCUGCUGCAGCUGCAGUGACUCCGGCGGCGAAAGCUGUGGCAUCGGAUGACGGCGACGGCAGUAGUGCUGAGUCCUCGCCCGACGUGCCGAUCGGUCAGCUCGUAGCAACUGACCAGGCGGCGAAAGCGCGCCUGCCACCUCUCCAAGGGGCUGCUGCUAACCUGCGCCGGCGCGCUACAGCGGUUGCCGCGGCCGCCGCCAUUCGGGAGCAAGCGCGCGCCGAGGCAGCAGGAUCGCCCGUGUGUGAAGAGGUGGUCUCGGCAACCGUGGCCGCCGAGUCCCCAGAGCCCUCCCCGGAUUUGCCCAUUGGCCAGCUAGCGGCGGCAGCGGCGGCUGAGGCCGCGGCCGCUGCCCCGUCAGCGGCGGUCAUCCAGGAGGUUGCUAUGGCGGGUGCCGGGAUGAAAGCCGCAUUUGACGCCGCAGCUGAUGCCAUCGGCGCGAAUGCUUUGCGGCUCACGGCAGAUGCGGCAACAGCAGCUCAUUCCGAGUCGGAACGACAGGACGCGAUAGAUCCGGAUGCACGUACCAGCCGCAAGCGCAAGCAGCGCUCUCCCUCUCCGCUUCUCUCGUCCCCCGCGCCAGCUAGCAAUCCCGCCGGGCCGGCUGCCGGGCCGGCAUCGCAGCAUGGGGGCCAGUCGUUGCACCCACAGCCUGGGCCCGCUUGCGCCUCAACGCCGAUGGCCGCGCCAACGCCAUCCGCCACGUCACAGCCCGGGACGACACCAACUCCGGCUAGCGGCACAAGUUCAGCCCAGCGUGUGCCCCUGAGUGCCGUGUGGAAGCGGCAGCGGGUGGCACGGCCGCCGCCUCCCGCGGUGCUCUUUGCCAACCAGCGUGGUAGCACGCGGUCGCGGCUUGCACAGCCUACGCUCUCAGCCGCUCCAGCUGCUACCACGGCGGCGGCUGCCCCCGGCGCCGAGGCCGGUGGUGGCACCGCGCCGACUUUCCAGGCAGCGUCGGUGCAGGAGGCCUCGUCUGCGGAGACGCAAGAUGGGCAGCGGCCGCGCGAGCAGCCGCAGCAGGAGGAGGCGCAUCAGCAGCAAGAGCAGCAAGGAGCAGAGGAGGCGCAACCGGCUGACGCGCUAGAGCGUGUUGCUGAGGCUGGGCCAGUGCCGAUGGAGCAGGACGAGGGCGUAGCGCCGACAUCCCCACAGCUGGCAGCAUGCCCGGGCGAGGCAGCCAUCGCCCCCACGGAGGACACCGCAGCAACAGCAUCAGCGUUGAAUGAUUUGCCGCUGCCUGCUCAGCCCAAGGUGCAGCUCGGUGCGCAGUGGAAGCGCGGGCGUGUGCCUACGGCGCCGCCGCCGGCGGUGCUCCUUGCUGGCCGGAGGGGCCCAUUCAUGCUGCCCUCGCACGCGCAUGGUGCUGCCGCCGUGGACCUGCAGCCGCAGCCGCGCGCGUCGCAGGAGCUGCGGCAGGAGCUGCCCCUGCCCGCAGCGCCCGUUUCUCCGGACGGCGUCUGCCAGCUGCUGCUGAAGGCACCGGCGGGUGACGACGGUGUUAAGGGAGCGGACAGCGCCUUCAAGCGUCCGCCGCAGCCCCGCCCGUCGCCAGCGCGACCGCCUCCAGGUGCCGGGCAGCCCAGCAUCCUACUCAGCCCGCCGCGGCCUUCGCUUGGAGCUGGCACUCCUGCAGUGCUGGGCAAGCCGCCCCGCAGCCCCGGCGAUGUGCGAAUGUCACCCUCGCCGCGGUGCGGCGCAGCGGCCGCGUCACCCUCGCCGCCGUCGGCGCGGGCCGCAUCGACGCCCUUCAGCAGUGGCGCCGGCCACAGGCUCCGUGACCCCUCGCUGCACCCCGCUGCGGUGACCACCUCGGGCGCGGCCGGCAGCGGGCGCGCGGCGUCGGUAUCCCCUCCCCAGCCCAUGUGCGCGUCUCCGCACCGCCCGCCUCUCGCGCCUGUGGUUUCGGCGCCGGUGCGAUCGCCGCUGGGGCUGCUGAGCCCUGCCCUGGCUGCAAUGGUCGCCGCGCCGGCGGCCGCUCCGGCGGCGGAGUGGGCUACGUCCGCGGCCACAUGCAGCGCUGCCGCCGCGCCCAACAACAACGGCCUUUGCUUCCUAAGCCAGCCCCUGGCUCCCAUUCGCACGCGACCAGUGGGUGUGCAGUCGCCGCCUAGCCGCGCGGGCACGACGGCAGCUGUGGCUGCGGAGGCGGAGGACGACACCACACUCGGCGUCCGGCCGGGUAUUGUGAGGGCUGUUGAGGCGCUGCUCGCGAUCCCGCGCGUCACAGCGGACGACGAUGAUGACGAGUCGCCCAUGAAUGCAGACUCGCCACAAGCACGGCACCAGGAGCAGCAAGGAAACCCUACUGCAGGCUCUACUGACAAGGCUGUUCCUGUUGGCGCCUCUGCUGCUGUGGACACGGCCGCUGCGUCGGAUAAAGCAUCGGAUGAGCCGCCCUCAGAAGGACCUAAGCUCCUGCGCAGCGCCCUGCACGGCGUGCAGCCCUUCUUUUCCGUUCCUGGCGCUGGUGGCUGCGGUGGUGCUGCGGGCGCUGCUUCGUCAUCGGCGGCAGCGGCAGCGCCGUCGGGCAGCGGUGCCGCGGAGGGUACAGCGGCCGCUGGUGCAGGAGGUGCCGCCGCUGGUGUCCGCCCCCUGUCAUCGUCGCCGUCGUGGCCGCUGGCAGCCAGUGUGACUGGUGGUGCGUCUCUGGUGUGUGAUGAGCGGCUGGAUGCGGGUGGCGCCCGGGCGGCGGCCUCGCCGCUGUCUGGCGGGGCAGGGGGCUCGGGCAAGGCGGCGUCACCGCUGCCGCCGCGGCCCAAGCCCACCGGCAAACCCCCAACGCCCACCGACAACCGCAGUGCCAGUCCCGUUGGCGGUCGUCCAGGCGUGCGCCAGCUCCCGGCUGACUCGCCCCUGCCCUCGCUCCGCCCACUCGCGGACGGCUACAGCACCCCACCCUUCGUCACCACACGUCGCGGCUCCGGCUCCGGCGGGCUAGGCGGCGUGGGCGGCCGCACCGCCUCGGGCGGCUGGCAGCGCUCCUCCCACGGCGCAGGCGCAGGCCUGUCGUACCCCAAUCACCAGUACGACAGCAUGAUUGAGGACGUGGUGCAGCAGAUCCUCAAUGAGGCCAGCCCCGAGUCGCUAUCGCCUCUGGAGCUGGGUCCCGCGGCCGGUGCGGCGGGUACGGCAGGGUCAGCUGCAGCGGCCGCUGAUGCCGCCGCAGCUGCCGGGAGCACCGCGCCUGCGGCGCUGGCGGUGUCGCGGGACGGCGUCACUGGCGUGCAAACGGCCCAGUCAGCCUCCGCUUCGGCAGCUGUGGCGGCGGAGGACGGCAAGGUGGUGUGCGGCCAUGAUGAGAAUGUCCCGCUCGUCGUGAACAGCGCUGUGCUGCAGCCGGUGCCUCCCACCGUCACCGAUGCAGCCGCGCCCAACGCCGCCCAGCAGCAGGAGCCGCUGCCCUUCAGCCCGCCGGCCCGCCGCCGGUCCAUCUACUUGCCGCCCUCCUCCGGCAAGCGCCGCCGCGCUGACGAGCACGAGCCGCUGGCAGCUGCCAUUGCCUCUGAGGAGGAGCAGCCCGGACCCUUGAUGGCAGCAGCCGCGGCGGCCUCGGACGCGACCGUGGCCGCUGCCGGGAACGCCGUGACUGCAGCGGCGUUACGCGAUGACGGCGGCCUCGCUGCCACCGCACCGGGCAGAUCGCUGCAGGGGCAGGCCAGCGGCGCCGCCGACGAAGUCUCGUCGUCGCCAGAGGGUCCGCGGUCCUCGCCCAGCUCGCGCCGCAGACCGCGUAAAGCCGCCCGCGUGGACGGCGGCUGCAACAGCGCCGCCGCCGCAGCGGUGGUGGCGGCCGCCGCCAAGGCGGCGGCGGCGGCGUCCAACCGUAACCUGGACGAGCUGUCGAAUCUCGGGUCCGAAGACUCGGAUUCGGACGCAGAAGUCGACAGGAUCAUGAACGCGGCUAUGGCCAGUGCGGAGCAGGCGGCAGGCGCCGGGACUGGUGCCGCGGGCUCCCACGGCCCGGCGGCGCAGCAUCGCGGUACCGGGCCCAUUCGUGGCAUGACGGCAGUACGGGCUGCCGGCCCGCAGUCAUUGUUCUCUUGGAGUGGCGGCGCGGUGCGGCAAAACGCCAGCAGCUGGGCGCGUCCCGGUCUUUCAUGGGCUCGCAAUUCUGGUGGCCCAGGACGCUCCUCUCCACAAGUGCGCCCUGGCGUGCCGGCACCCGCGUCCACGCGGCCUGCUGGCAGUCCGGCUGGCAGCGGCGGCGUGGUCGCUCCCGGCGGCCCUGCCGGCCUGCCGCUGCACGACCCCGACGACCUGAUGGACGUCCCCAGGAUCACCAACACGCCGCGCGGCAGCGGCAAAGGCCGCGGCUACCUGAGCACUGCCGCUGCCAACGCCGAGGCUGUUGGCAUGGGCCGGCCCACGCUGGAGCAGGAGUACCGCGAGGCGCUCAUCAACGCGCGCCUGGCGCAGGCCUGGGCGGCGGGCGAGCGCUGGGCGCGUUGCGACCUGGCGGGCCUCCCCGCCGACGUCAGCAAGCGCGGCAUGACUGAGCGCAUGGCCAUGCUGGAUGCGGCCUGCAACAAGCUCAACUGCUACCGUGGCGUGGGGGGCGCAACCAAGAUUGUGCGCAAGGUGGAGGAGGAGUGGCAGCACCUGCGCGGCAUCCGCGUGGCGGCCGCAGCGCGCGCCACGCCGCGCAGUGCCACGCCGGGCGCCACGCCGCCUCCGGCGCACCAGGGCGGAGUUGGCUCAGGCGCAGCGUACCCCGGCGGCCUCCCGUCCACGCCCAUGCCGUUUGCGGCGCACGCCCACGCGGCGGAGAUGGGUGCGGCGGCGGCGGCCGCUGCGGCAGCAGCUGCCGCGGCACUGUCAGCGGCGGCACCUGCAGCAGCCAGUGAUGCCGCGGAGGCAUCACAGCAGCCCAGCGCUUGCGUCAGUGACGCUGCGCACGUCGAUAGGAAGGAGGCCGUUGCAGCAGUGCCGGCGGCUCAGCCUGGCCAUACGGCACCGCACGUCACGCCGCACCGCAACAGCGUGCUGGCCAACAUCGUGGCUGCACACGCAAGCAGCCACCGCGGCUCGCCGCCGCCGCCGCUGCACGUGCUGCACGCGCCGCAGACUCACAAGUCCCACCUGCACCACAUGCACCAGCCCCAUGAGCCAGCCGGCCCCGGACUCGCGGCACCCACAGUCAGCGCGGCCGCUGCACCUGCAGCGGGUACGUCGACCUCAGAUGCUGCCACUGCGCCGGCUGGCGAGAUGGGCUUUGGCACGCCGCUGCCAGCUCGCACCGGUGCAGGCGGCGGCCAGGUCACACCGCCGCCGGUAUCCCUGGGGGGCGCCGGUGGCGACGCUGCUUUGCAGGCCAGCGUUGGCGUGCUGGGCGUGCGGCCCGGCGGUGGGCUGCUACUGACCCCGCCCUCGAGCAUUCUCAAGGGCUCGGUAGCAGCAGCUGCUGCUGCCGCGGCUGCGGCGACUGCGGCUGCGGCUCUGGGCGGAGCUGGUGCGUCCGCCACGCCGGCGCCGAUUCCUACAACGGGCAAGAAGGCGGUCAAGUUUGCGGCGGUGCUGGAGCUGGGACCUCAGUCGGGCUACCGACACGGUGAGGCGCCCACGUCGGCAGGUGCAGCCGGGUGGGCUGAGGUGGCAGCGGCGGCUGGGGGGAAGGAGGAGGCCCAGUCGGCGGCUGACAACGCCAUGUUUGUGGAUGCCCACGUACCCGUGGACCUGAGCGCUGCCCACGAUAGCGGCUGCAGCAGCAGCAGCAUGGAGGCCGAACCAGUUUCCCAGUAGUGGCGGCAUAUGUGCUGCCCUGAGGCAUAUGCGAAGCUCGUGCAGAAAACAGGAAGGCAGGCAGAAGUAAAAGAGCACAUAAAAGUGCUUGUGCACUGACAGGGUAGGCUAGAUGCAGGCUGCAGAUGGCGACCAAGCCAAGCCAACGCAGGAACGAUUAUACACUUAUCCUGCCUGGCCAGUAUCAUCAUUCAUGUCAUCAUGUGUGUAAAGAAUGGUUUGUCGGUGAAGCUGGGUACCGUAAUCUAUGUUUAGGGAAGUUGCAGGUGCUGUGAGGCCAUUUUCCAGGAGAGUUUGCUUGUCCGGGAGAUGAGGUACUUCGCAACCUUCGGCUGCAGGCAUGUACCACACGUGGCGUGGUUACAGCCCACUUUCCCCUGAGAAGGGUGGCCCUUUCUUGUCAUGGAGAGUAUAGCCAAGCAUAGCCUGGGCAUUCAGGAAUGGGUUCAGGACGGCAAGGAAAGCGCCACUAGGUGGCGUGCGCAUAGCGAAAGCUGGUUACGUCAUGGCGUGCUAGGACAACAGGUAUAGCAACGUGUUGAUGGCCACUGGCCAUCACCGUCCAAGAGCAGUUUGAAGGUAGUAGAAGUUGUUUCGAGAGCUUGGCAGUCUAAGGUAGCCGAGUUAUGAGGGGCGUCUGCCAACUAACACUUGACGGCAUGCAGCAUUUGACAUGCACUGGUGUAGACACUAGGCGCCUAAAAACAUGGCGGGGAAUGCAUUGUGUGUGCCAGGGGAGGACGCGUGGGGAGGACGUGAUUUGGAUCAGACCGCACGAGACGUGUGAUGGGACUCAGUAAGGAGCAAGAUUGUGGAUUCCCUGGUACACGCAUGGAGUAGUUCACAGUAAGCCCUGUCGUGCCCAGCGCGUGGGUGAAGCGUGGUCCCGCCAGGAUAGGAGAUUUGCCGCGAUGGGCGAUACCGUGAUCAACUGAAAUUCUAACCGCCAUGUGCGCGUCAG